AAGAAGUGAUAACACAAGAACAAGAGUUAAAAAACACACGUGUUCAGACGUUAGGUAAACAGUCAAAGUACUAUAAUUCCAUGCAGUCAACAGUGGACUGGUGUAUAUUGUUGUGUCUUCUGUCUUGUGUCCCAUAAGCCGACCAGAGACUGAGAAGUUGGCCAUAGAGAAGCAACAGUUACAACUACUGUUCGUUUAAUAUGGCAUUACGAAAUACGUCGUAUUUCAACUCGUCGGAAGAAAUAAUUGUGACUCCAUGGUCUUCCGAUUCAGAAUGGCAGUCACUUAGACAAGACAUAUAUGGCAGUAAAGAUACUCGCAACUACAAACAAGCUUUAAGAAAACUUUUAUUAUGGAAAUCAAGGGGAAAAUCAUUAUGUAGAGGUUUAUAUUGCACUGAAAUGAUUUUACAAGUCAUCAUUAAGGAUGUUUAUUUUUAUGAAGUUGAUGAACCCACCAAUGAAAGUGAUUUAAUUCGCUUAUAUUCAAUGGCUAUAAUGAAGUUUGUCAAUUUGACAGCUGACAUUUUUGGAAAAGGUCCACAGAAGUCUAUGUAUUAUAGAGCUUCUCAAUUACAACUUCCAUCGUGGUUAAUUGAUAUGCGACACAAAAUUUCACAUGACCAAGAUUUACCUACUCUAAAAUCUUUGAGAGCAGCUAUGGAAUUUUCACUAGAAUGGUUACAAACACAAUAUUGGAACAAAGACGAUAAUUUUCUGGUUAUUGCGAAAAAAGUACACAUGCAUAUUGUUUAUGAAUUUAUAGACUUAUUGGAAUUCUAUAUAUUAAGCAAAAGUCAAACUAAUGCUGCUCUUAAGCAAAAACGAUUAAAUGUUUUGAGAGAGAAGUUAAACAUGACUGAAUGUUGUUCAAACAAAGAAUGUGUAAAGAAAAUGAAAAACCUUUUAGUAAUUAAAGAUUGGUCUUCAGAUUUAGUCAAUGUAUUAGUUUCGCAAUAUUUACUUCAAGCUCAUGAAUGCAAUGUAUCUAAAGGUAGAAUUUCCAAGACAGAUAAAGCAAUCUGGAAUGUUUUACUAAAAACAUUUAAUAACGCCGGUUUGCUGACAAACGUAUUACAGUGUUUGGUUACUCAACAUUCACGUAUAGCGGCUCUGUGGGUUUUGGAACUGUGUAUUGUUGCAUAUAAAAGCAGCAAAAAAAUCGACAUUAAAAAUAAUCAAAAUGACAACUGCAUGAACUGCAAACCUUUAAAUUUGGAUACAAAUCUUGUUUUAAGAACUGCAUUGCAAUCACCACAUCCAUACACUAUUAUAUUUUUAAAAUGGUUAUUACAAAUACAAUUGAGUCCAUUGAAAAUGAAACAACAUAACAACAUUAUCAAAUUAGUGGCAUUGUAUACAGGCGAAUUGAAGGUUAACUCUAAAAAUAUUGAUCAUAAUAUAUUCACAGUCGAUGAUUUAACUAGCAAAGAUAAAACUGAUAAUCAAUCACAAUGGUCAAGAGCUUUUGGUCAAAUGAAUUGGAGACAAGUACAAUUUGGGACUACUCUUUGAACAUUCUUGAAUUAAUACAAAUUUUACACCCAAGAAACAUCAAGAUAAUAUUUCUUUUCUUUUUAUGUGUUUUUUUUUUUUAGCUUUUAUAAUUCACUAGAGCUAUCCGUGUUAAUAUACUCUUGAUGCAUUUAAACAACUAAUAGUGUGCUUAAAAAUCAGAGUAUGUACUGAAAAUUUAACAUUUAAACUAUUUAUAACAAAUAACAUAAAAAAAAAAAAAAA